CCCUGACUCCAUGUAACCAAGAUUUUUAUUUGGACUAUCUCUAACAAAGAUGGCGGGCUUGAUGAGCACAGUAGCGUUCGCAAAAAAUGUUCCAACAUUAAUGAAAGCAACAUCUGAUAGCGUGAGUCCAACACCAGGUUAUCUUUACACAGAAAUCACAAAAAUAACAUUUGAGUCUCUUGAUUUUUGUGACCAUCUAGUCAACUUUUUGGUGGAGCGUCUAAAGAAGAAAUCACUUCAUGUUAAACUAAAGGUGUUGAUGGUAAUGCGUAAUGUGUUGGAAAAGGGAAAUGGCGAAUUUGCUAGUGGAUUACGGAAACAAGCAAGCGGUGUGCGAGAAUGUAAAGGAAUCUCUGGACCAUCUGAUCCAUUGCAUGGAGAUGUUUAUUACGUGAAUAUUAGAAAUGCUGCUGCAGAAGUUUUGGACAUACUUUUUGAUCUAGACAGAUCAAAUGCAGGGAAUCAGUCCCAGAAAAUACAAACAGGUCCUGGCAAAAUGGAAGGUUUUGGAAAUGAAACAACAUCAGGUGCUUCUGGUGGAAUGUUUCAAUCAAUUUACGGAAAAAUGAAGGAUGCUGUCCCAAAUUUGCUACCAUCACACAAGGCUACUAAUAGUGCACAACAAAAUUAUCAUGUUUUUCCAGACUCAAGCAAAGCAACUAUAACCCGUCCUUCUGAUACCCUCUGGGGAUUUGGUCAUGGUAGCGGAAGUAAAGAAACAGCAUUACCUACAAAUUCCAGUGGUUUUGGUCUCUCUUCACAAACCACUUCUUCAAAUACAGGAAUUAACUGGCUUUCAAAAAAAGAAAAUCUGUCAUCAAAUAGUACUUCGUUUCAUGAAGCUCGAAAAUACGAAAUAGACAUUCAUGAAAGAGAAACUCGAUAUGUUGAAGAGAUAACAACACCGCAAGGGAUUCGAACACAGCCAACUAAACAACAACUUGAUGAGUUUAUCAAAAAGGCUUCAAACUUAGACUGUGAAGUCAUUGUCAAGUUACUUGAUUCUAAAUUAAGGGAAGAAAACUCAAAAGUGCAUAUGCGUUGUAUGUUCGUUUUGGAACGAUUACUUCAAAGUACGAUACCAAACAUAAGAAAUAUUGUGCAGCGUGUUUCAGAGGACACAAUAAACAUGUUGCUUAGCUCUUCGAAUUCUGCUACAAAAAAUAAAGCACAAAAGCUGUUAUAUGUAAUGAAAGGCAGAAACCCAGAAGAAAGUGCACAGCUGAUUUCAACCAAAGGUUUGCCAACACCUCAACCGGAUAAUAAAAAACCAUUGAUUGAUAUGCAACCGAACACAAAUUUAUUUGAGGGUCUAUCUCAAAUGGACAAUAAUAGUCAAAUACAAGAUGGAAAUUCGAACAUAAAGUCUUUAAAUGAUGCAUUUUCCACUGAAAACAUUAACAGGAAUACCGACCGAAAGGAAACACCCAACACUACUGAUAAUGCCACAACAGAUUUAUUUACAUUUGACCCACAUGAACUAAAUCCAAGUCUAAAUAAUCAACAAUUUGUUUCAAAUCUCCAGCCUCGUCAUACUAGUAAUAAUAUGAUUCUAAAUCCUUACACAGAUCCUUCUUCCGCAAUGCUUACUUCAAAUUCAUCGCUUAUGCAUGGUACAAUAAGUAAUAGUUCUACUGAAUCGAAUUUACCUAAAAUGUCAAAAGUCAACAAUAGUGGAAAUCCAAAUAAUAUGAAACAAAGUAAUUUAUUCAAUACACAAGACGAUUUCUUUGCCAGCUUUGAUGGACUGAAUGUACAAUCAAAUGAUAUCACAAAAGGUAACACCUCUAUAUCAACAAACUCGGAUAACAAUACUUCUAAAGAUUUAUUAGAUAACCCAGCUGAUACACAGCCUUUGGUAUCUCCAAGUUAUAAUUCGACGAUGAAGCAAGAGAAUUUCUUUCAUGGAACUAGUAUUGUUUCGCAAUCUGAACAACACAAUGUAAAAUAUUCCUUGCCAGCUUCGAGUAACUUUAAUGCUGCUAACUCGCAAAUAUCUUCUAUUUCAAAUGACUUGUCAUUCUUUGAUGACUUGAGUCCGCAAAAGAGUUCAACUUCUGGAACGAUUAACCCACCACAACAGCUCUCAAGUUUGUAUAAAAAUAACCAAGUUUAUAAAACUAAUAACAACAGGACUGCAACACAGCGGCAGCAAUUUUCUAACUUCACCCCAAUGCAGCAUCCAGUACAAAGCUUCAACGCCCAACAAUAUUCAGUACACAACUACAACACCCCACAACAUUCAGUACAAAGCUCCACCACCCCACUGCAGCAAACACAGACCUUCAACAACACCCCUCAGCCUCUUCCAAACAAAGUGCAAAGUGACAUAAACAUUUACAUUAAUCCCUUUCAGCCUGUUUUUCAAUCAGUCAAUACACAACCACAGUAUAGACCACAAUACCCCCCACACACCAGCCAAUAUGUUAAUCAGACGCACUAUCCAGCACAAAGUUCUUCAUCCACACAAAGUAGUAGUUUUGGUUUUAUUCAUCGAAGCAGCUUAACUGGAAAUAAACCCUCUGAUUCUUUUAGUUUUGUGCAAGAUGCUAUGAAAGCUAGCAAGAAGAAAUAAAUGGUAGACUUCUUUAUAAGAUUAUGCUUCCCACUUCAUCAGACCCAGACAUUCAGACUUAAAUGCUUCGUUAAAAUGCAAUUUUAACAAUAUCCAAUAUAAAUCAUAAUUUUAAAAUAGUUAAGCACUAUUGUUUGAAUUUGUAAUUAAUUUAUAGUUUUGCAUAACCUACUGGGAGCAGUUAAAUUGGUUAGAGAACAUUGAAAACAUGCAGUGCACAAUCUGUCUAAAUAUCAGGAAAUUUAGGCGUUGUCAAAAUGUAGGGAAAGUGUCAGCAAUAUUAGCAAUUUCCUUGAUAUAUCUGACAUUUCUGGUUUAAAUUCCCGGCUGUACUAUUUUUUUCGCAUUUGCAGGUUACAAAAGGUAUAGAUCUAUGUUUGUCAAAUACCCAGAAUCUUCUAUUUUUUCUUAUCAGUGACAUAAUUAAAAGUUGCGCAAAAAUUAAUAUGCGCAAAAUAGCUUCAUAUUGCUAUUGCGCAAUAAUUAAUACGCCUGAAAAAAUGGUACGAGCAUGGCGGUCAAUCAGAAGAACUAUUUUCAUUUUUGGAAUUGUUCUUAUGGAAUUUGCAUUAAUUAAAUAUUUUUUUACAGUUUGUUGUGAAUAAAUAAAUAAGGGGUUGUUUACAUGGCAGUUGGGAUGGAACAAUUGCCAGGAUCCUGCUCUCACCAAAGAUUAUGCUACAAAUCACUUUGUUUUCUUAUGAAAAAAAUUUUCGUCCUGGGAAAAUUUCCUCCUUUUUUGGCUAACAGCGAUCCCUCUUGAGCAGGAUCCUGGCUCACACAGGUUCUUGUUUUCUUCAUAGCCAUUUUUUUUAAAAAAACGCUAAGAAAACAUCAGGAUUGUCAGGAUGAUUAGAAUAUUCAGUGGAACAAUUGUUUACAAUUUCCCCUGCUUACGAAAAUCAAAAAAACUCAGAACAAGCAUCUUUGUAGGUAAAAAACCUAAACAAUGUGUACAAGUUAUGUGGUUUUCUCUUAAUUUUUAUUUACUUUUAUAACCAACUAAGAAUCUCAUUGGCAUUUUUUAAUGAUGUAUGCUGUAAUGUUUAACUUGAACUUACAAAGAGACUAAUUUCUAAAUUUAUUUAUUUAUCUGUUUUUCUAGCUAUGUAGCACAAAUCGCAAAACUCUCUAAAUAAAAUAAAGAAAAUAAAAGAUAUCUGAAAGGCUCCGUGUAGGUUGUUGCCUAAGUUGAAGGCUUAUAAAAUGUGUCAGUAAUGUUUCCUUUUUAUUUUGUCAUUGUCAAGUUUUAAAUGUCAGAGGAUAAUCAGUGUAGAAACUUGCUGUUUUUACUUGUUAGAAUAUGUCUUGUCAUGUAAAAGAUGCACGAAAUAUUAUAAGUUUUUUCUGUAUAUAUUAAAUUUAGUGUUUUAUGUGUAAAAAUGUUUUUUUUGUAUUAAAUAGUUUUUAUAUUA